AUGGCGGCAUCAUCUAUACGAAAACACAGCGCAUCUGUGAUAUUUUUCCAUGGCUCCGGUGAUACCGGACCGAAUCUAAUAGAAUGGGUCCGCUUCUUACUUGGCCGAGAUUUUGACCUUUCGCACAUCAAAUUGAUAUACCCAACAGCUCCAACGCAAAAGUAUACUCCAUUAAAUGGGCAGCUUUCCACAGUUUGGUUCGAUCGACGAUCAGUGAAUAUUGCAGCUCAAGAGAGCCGAAAGAGCAUGGCCCAGAGUUAUGAGAUUGUGAAUAAGCUAAUCCAGGAUGAAGUAGACCUUGGCAUACCGCUGAAUCGCAUAAUUGUAGGUGGGUUUUCAAUGGGCGGGGCCUUAGCUUUACACGCCGGUUACCAUCUGAAUACUGGUCUGGCAGGAGUAUUUGCGCACUCAUCUUUCCUUAAUCGCAAGUCGAUAGUCUACGAAUCUCUGGAAAGCCAAAAACCAACACAAAGUACACUGCCGGAACUUCGUAUGUACCACGGUGAGCGCGAUACAUUGGUUCCUCUGGAAUGGGGGCUUGAGACAUUUGAGUCCCUGCAAAAAUUGGGUGUAACUGGCACAUUUACGCCUCUAAAGAACACACUGCACGAACUGAAAAGAAGCUCUCUUCUCGACCUACAGGAAUGGAUAGCUAAAAAGCUUCCGCCCUUAAGUACUGAAAUUGCCAAUAAACUUUGAUGAAAUGUAGUUCCCAUUUAUCUGGAAUAAAUGUUGUGAAAUGGUA